AUGUCGACACAUCAGCAAUCAGAAGCCUACGCCAUGACGGCCAAUCUCAAGAUAGCCAUUGAUAAAUGGAUCAACAAAUCAUCCUACAAUGACAACAUCGGGUUCGAAAAGGAGCUUGCAAUCCUCUACAGGAGCCUCGUUGGAGCGGCGCAGGUUACGAAUGACACGCACAUUGAGGAAUUCUUGAACAGUGAUGAAGCGUUCAUGGACAGGUGCGUCCAAUGGCAUCUUCUGAAGCUGGCGAUCCAAGGCGCACAGGAUUCGAUCAGGACGGAGACAAGCUUAUUACCGUUGUGCAACCCACACGUGCAGCUAGCCAAGAUGAUCAUGGCGAGCAAAGAGGCAGGAUGGGAACUGCUACUUUUACUCCCAACAGGGAAAAAGUUGAGGAAGUCCUGCAAGUGGAAUCAGGGCAACGAAAAUUGGGAGAUAAAAAACAGAAAGGCAAGGCUACAACAGAACCCGCACUUGCGCAUCAAGCAAACCGACCGGCAGGAAAAGACCUUGUUUGCAAUGGCCCUGUGUGAGGGCAACCCGUACAUGGAAACACUGCUAGCUGAGGCGCAGGAGCUGUACUCGCGCCAGCUAAGAACAGAGGCGGAAAAGUCGGAGCCCAAAAAACAAUCGGAAAACUACUUCGUCACACGAGUGCGAAACAAUAAAACAGGCCCAACCAUAUUACACAAUGACAUUGUCACGGCCCAUAAAACGGCCCCUUUGGCCUUGGGGCCCGUGCUGCACAGACUGCCCGGGAUUCUACUGCCGGGCGAUGACCAGGAGUCGGACGAAAGAUUGCUUGACCGCAUCAUCGAGGAUCACUUACUGGAGCUGACCGAGGUCAUUCUCCAAUCUGAACGCCACCGUGGGCUGCUGACAACCCGCGAGCGCAUCGUCAAGGCCAUUGAGCUUUGGUUAAGAUGCCCAGAUUCGCAGAGCGCAUUGCUGUCAGGAGACCAUAGCGACCAAGACAAAAACCAAACAAACGACAACGAUGACAACGACGAUGAUGACGAUGACGACUACGACGACUACGAACACGACAGUGGCGGCCGCAGCAACGAUGACGACAAGACAAACCGCCGAGAUUUGGUCAUCAGUCUCCUAUCUAACGCGUCCGAGGAUGUGCUCCGUUCGCCAGAGGUGCUCACCGUCGUCAUGAAGAAUAACUUACUCAACGACCACGAUGUGCUCAAAUCCUAA